UACAAUUUGCUGAGAACCAUAAUGUUCAAAGUUCAGAAAAUCAACCGUAUGUACCGCCGGAAGUCUUGGCAAGGACCACCACAACAUCAGAUGUGGCAGUGGAAAAGAUGUAUAUAUAUUCCUUGGGUAUGACGCUGUACUGGGCUGCCGAUUAUAAACUCAAAGCAGGUCAGCGAGUAAAACUGAGUAGAAAUUUAGAUACACUGCUACUUGCCAUGUGUGAAGAAAAUGUUGCAACAAGAAUGGCCCUCAUUCACUUACUGGAGGCGUCUACUCUUCAUGCGCAACAGAAUUUAUCUGGUCUUCCCUAUUCCUACUAUAUCAGUAGACUAUCUAAGAUUGUCAUGGGGAGUGUAGAUCAGAUCUCCAAACUUGGUCUAUCUACUAAUAGUCGCGAUGCUCAAGACAGUUUCCAUAGCAACAAAGGAGAACUCAGGGAUUUGUCAUCUGGUAUGCACAGUCCGCCAAAUAAACGACACAGUCGUCAUUUAAAUUCUCAUAGUGACAUCAUGCAGAAGAAACCUCGUUCGUUACGCAACCUUCACUCCGCCAGUAUGGCAUAUGAUGAAAUAGAUGCGAGAGAAAGUAGAAGAAGAUCGCGAUAUAAAACAUAUUCGCUACAUAGUAGCAGUACAUUAGAUACCAAGGAGAGUUAUAAUGACAGGUCGAAACAGAGAUCGCGACAACCAUUAUUACAGAAUUCAAGAAAUUACGACAAAUCAGGACGGUCGUAUCAUUUAUCCGAUAUGUUAAUGUCAACUCAGUCAUGCGAUAGUUUGGUCAGCGAUAGCAUCUCUGAGAGACGUGCACGCGUUGCGGACUUGCAAAACAAAGCAGAAUCAGCGUAUGAGCGUCUGCGAGAAAGAAGACAAAAAUUGAAUAUGUUAAAAAAUGAACCAAAGUCGAGUCAGUACAGCAGCACCCCGAGGGGACACGCACAUUCGGCCAGAAAUUCACGAAAUGAACCAAAUUCAAUUUCUCAUCAUUCUCCUAAGGAGAACAGUACUUUGCUUUAUUUUUUGGAUGAUCCACGUAACAGUCGAUCGCACCGACAACAUCUCAACAGGUCACAUGAUCUGUCAUCAGAGAGGCCGCAAGAUCGAUCUCUAGAAAGGACACGUGAUAGGCCUGUUGAAAGGCUGCAUGAACUUAACCUUGAAAGACCCCACCACAGAUCAAGAGACAGGAGUCUUGAAAGGUCAAGGUAUACUCCAGAACGGGGUUACCAUAGCGAUGAUGAUGUGACUUUCAGCGAUCAUCUUAGUGAUGAAUUGAAUGGAAGUCGAUUUAAGUCAAUGACAUCAUUAGACACACAAACGCAAGGAAGUUAUCAUCCAGACAUGUAUCCUUAUUAUGGAUCAACGCCAACAUUAGCAUCUAGAAUGGAUGACGUCGAUCACAGCCACGGAGCUAAUCAACCGGAACUACGACAUUAUGAUAGUCGGAGACACAGAAACCGAAAUCCUGACAGAAGUAGAGAUAUGCUGGGUGAUGUAGCUUAUGAAAAAACACCAACCAGAAGGAAAUUGAAAAAGUUUUUUGGUCCAGAGUUUGUUGUGAUGAGCAGUGAACCCAAUAUAACACUAGAUAUGCCUCCAUCCAUCAUGAGUAAAAGUUCAAAAGUACCACAUGGUCGCAAAAGAGUGACAGUAGUAUUAUUGAAUGGUCAGCGAUUGGACUUGACAUGUGAUAUGGCAACUUUAGGAAAAGAGUUGUUUGAUAUGGUGGUUAAUCAUAUGGCGUUAUUGGAACAUAGUUAUUUCGGUUUAGCGUAUAUAAACGAUGGUGAAUAUUUUUUCUUGGAACCAGACAUAAAGUUAUACAAAGUGGCACCAGAGGGCUGGAGAGACGAUAUCAAGCGAUCCAGAAAUGCAAUACCCGUACAGACUUUCACUUUAUUUUUCAGAGUUAAGUUCUAUCUAGAAAAUAUCAGUUCUUUAAGGCAUCAGGUCACUAAGCAUCAGUACUACUUACAGUUGCGGAAGGAUAUUUUAGAAGAGCGUACAAGGUGUGAUGAGGAAGCUGCAUUACAGUUAGCCUCCCUAGCCUUACAGGCAGAGAUGGGCGAUCAUUAUGAAGAAGUUGGCCAGAACUACUUUCUCCGGGAACAUUACCUUCCACGAAAGAUGAUAGAAAAAAUCGGUGUUGAUAAUAUUCGACACCAGCUUCCAGCCAUGCACCAGGCACACCGUGGUUUGAAUGACAUACGAUCAGAGCAGGAAUUUAUGUUAGAAGCCCGCAAACUUGCCGAAUACGGAAUCCACUUUCAUAAAGUAUGGGAUGUCAAAGGUGAACCCGGGACGUCAAUAUGGAUCGGUAUUUGUACCCGUGGCAUUAUAGUGUACCGAAUAUCGUCUGGACAAAGAACAGCAGUACACAAAUUCGCUUGGCAUCUCACACGAAAAAUUGCAUUUAAACGGAAGCGAUUCAUCAUAGAACCGAGAGAAGGAACUGGUGAUAAGUUUGUAAAGUAUACGAAUGAUUACAGGAAGGGUCGAUAUAUGAUGAAGUUUUGUUCAGCACAACAUAAGUUCCAUAUGACAAUGCGGUCCAAAGCCAGCAUUUCUCAGAUAUUUCAUCAAGAGUAUCCGACAGAGGAUCCAUACAAUAAUGAUCAUCACACUGGUCACCAACGUUUCUAUGACCCAUACAACGGAGAAUAUAGUGAUUAUGAGAAUAAUCAGGAUGGGUAUCAUAGCGAUGGUAACCAUAGCAACCAGUAUCAUUUAGAUGACUCAUUUAAUGGUGGUUACAGCGGCAGAGGUAGCUAUGGAUUUAAUCGCGAUGAGAUGAGGAUUGCGAUCCCAUCGACUUCAACGUCUGCAUCAGCAUCACCAGGGCGACAUUAUGACAGUGUACCACAGACACCAAGGGAUCCAAGCAGAAGAAGCGCCCCAACGCUGUCACUGAUACCUCAUGAAAGAAACAGAGGACCUAGGGACCCUCAUGAACCCCCUAGCAUGCAUAGUUCUAGUCAGAGUCUCCCAGUUUAUGUUAUGGAAUCAAGUUUACGGAGUACAACUUUACAAGACACUUAUCUAACCAACCCAAAUGAGACAAUAAGUGAAACACUGCGGGAUCGUCUAAAUGCUUUACCAUCUCCCGAAAAUCCAGAAAGAGAUAUUUCUAUCAUAAAAAUAAAGAGAGAUCCUGAAGUUGGUUUAGGCUUUACCAUCGUUGGAGGUCAGAAUCCGCGGAGUCUUGACCUUGGUAUAUUUGUGAAGUCAAUCGUACCAGGAGGACCAGCUCAUAAAGCUGGCAUGUUGAAAGCCGGGGAUAGAUUAAUAUCAGUUAAUGGCCACAGCUUAGAAGGGAUCACGCACCAAGCAGCUAUUGAACGUCUAACUCAAGCCGGAGAUGUGGUAGAAAUUAUUGCAUCUCAGCAAAGAUCUAGUAAAAGUCGAGCUCUACCACCACCGAAAGUUCAGCUGUCGGGAGAAGAAUCAGAGACCGUUACUGACCAUACAGAUGGCCUUAGUGGUGACCUCCAGGUAGAGUCACAAGUAUCGAAAAAGAAAAAGACUCCUCCUGCAAAGCCUAAGAGAAAAGUAAGCAGUAUUGGACCUGGAUUGAAUGGUUACAGUGCUAGUGACGAUUCAACACCAAGGGAAAAUGGACAGAUAACAAAUCAUAAUGAAGAUGUGGUUACCAUGGAAACAAAAAUGUCAGGGGAUGAAGAAAUGGCACUUGACGAGAAUCAGCAAAAUAUUCGUGCAACAAUUGAUGCUUUGGAGUCGGUUCCAGAUAUUCCAAUUGAGGAUAGAGAUGCAGAUUUUGAAGAUGAAGAGGAGUUGCUAAGCAGCGGUGAUCCGUACAAACCGGGUGAUGUAUUUGAAAUGAGAUUGUCCAGAAUAGAUGGCAGUCUUGGACUAAGUGUCACCGGCGGUGUGAAUACCAGUGUUAAACAUGGGGGUAUAUACGUCAAAUGUGUCUUUGAAAAUGGUGCUGCUGAAUUAGAUGGAAGAAUUAAAGUUGGUGAUCGUGUUCUUGAGGUUAACGAGGUACAGUUGGUCGGAGUAACGCAUAAACAAGCUGUGGAGACACUACGCCAAGCACCACAUACUACAUCGUUGGUGAUAGAAAGAGGUGUCCCUCCAAGCAGUACUAAUGUACUACCACCUACACCUUCUGAAACACCCACAACUGAAAUGCUUCUAAACGAUUCUACUGCGACAGUCUCUGACAACAUGAAAGGGAUUGACGAUUUACUAAAUGAGAUGAACGAAACAAAUAUUUCUGAUGCACCUUUUACUGAUGAAGAAAAUGAUGAACAUGAUAAUGUUGCUACGCCAACGCCAAGCAGUCCUGUCCCCUCUAUGAAUUCUCAAAUUAUAAAUCUUGAAAAGAACAGCCUUCAUUCAGAAUCACACUCAUUAUUCAUUGAAGAAGAAAUCACCGGAAUACUUCAGGAUGUUCCCAGUUAUGCAUUUAUUAACAAAGAAAAUGUAUAUCAAGUGAAACUGACAAAAGGUAGUGGAGGAUUUGGAUUCAGCAUACAAGGUGGUCAUGACAACCAAGAGGAUCCUCUAAAGGGUCUGAUUAAGAUCAAUACACUCUUUCCAAAUCAACCCGCUAUUCAGAGUGGAUUGAUUAAAGAAGGAGACGUCAUCUUAAAAGUUAAUCAGCAGCCAGUCUAUAAGUUAAGUCACGCUGAAACUGUGAAUAUUCUUCGUAACACUCCUCCAGAUGUUGUAAUGUUAAUGUGCAGACCUAUGUCAGGAUCUACACCGGUACCACAGGAGAAUUCUGAUUCUGAAAGCAAUCCAAUGACUCCUGUUGCAUCACCUCUUACUGUGCAAGCUGAAUCACACAUUCCACCAUCAUCAUCGUUGCUUAGCACCCAACGUUCAUAUGAAUCUGCAUCACCUGUUUCCAUGACAUCCACUUUAAAGAAGGUGUCAUCUGCAGAGAGGACUGCAUCUCUUGAGAAAUCUUUAUCUGCGGAUGAAAGGUCGUUGACAUCUAACAUUUCCAUAGAAACAUCACAAGCUUCAUCAAUAUCAACGUCAUCACCUUCAAAAUCAUCUUCGUUGCCGGGGGAAGUGAUUGAAGUGACUUUAACUAAACCAGACCGUGGUGGGUUAGGCUUUACGGUAGCUGGAGGUGUAGAUUCAGGUGGUUGUUAUAUUAAAGGAAUCGUACAGGAUCCUGCUAAAUCUGAUGGCAGGCUGAGGAAAGGAGAUAAACUUAUUAAGGUGAAUGGACGUGACAUGACCUACAUGAGCCAUUUUGAAGCCGUCUCUUACCUCCGAACAACUCCGCAAGACGUCAACAUAGUAGUCUUACGCUUAUUAGAACCGCCAUCAAUACCACUGGAUCAAGUCCCGAUAUUGAGCAUAAAGCACGACAAAACAGAACAGCUUGGCUUAACCUUAAACACAAAAAAUAAUGGAAUAUUCAUCAGUGAUAUCGAUUCUGGAUCGCCAGUACUUAAUACUGGGGAUAUUAAAGUCGGGGAUGAAAUAUACGCCGUUAACGGGAGUAUAGUGAAAGGGAUGAGUUUGGAUGAUGUGACGAGACUUUUGAGUGAAAAAGAUGGAAUAACUAACAUACAAUUUUUGAGAGGUGGUAUCCCAGUUCAAGUUCAGUCACCUGAGUCGUCCAUCCCAACAAGUCCCGGAAGUAAUGUCACAUCGCCAGUCAUCUCUCCAGAACCAAGACAACAAACACCAUAUUCCAAAGAUGUUCUGUCUUCACCGGAAUAUCAAUAUAAAUCAGGAGCAGACUCAGAAAUUGAUAUCGGAGAACUUUCAUCAUCUUCAGAGAGUGAGGGGGAAGUGGACACGAAAGUGGAAAGUGCUGAGGAACAGCCGAGUAAACCAGCCGCCAAUGAACGAGUAAAAGCAAUGAUUUCAUCCAUGAACUCGUCCAACAAAUCUAUUAUUAGGACAAAGCAGUAUGGAAGAAACAGGACGUUGAGUCGCCAAAUUUCUACUGAAAGUGAGGACGAGGUGGUUGCUAGGCAACCAAAAAGAGAGUUGCAUCAUCAAAAGGAAUCUAUUGUUGAAAUUCAUCGAACACAAGAGAAUCGAGAAUUAAGAAGCCCCAGUCCUGCAGAGGGAGGUGUUACCAAAUUAGAAUUAGAAAAACCGGCUAAUGGUGGUUUGGGUUUUAGUCUUAUUGGAGGCGAAAAAGGUGGUAAAACUGGUGUGUUUAUAAAAACACUCAAUCCUGAUGGUGUGGCAGGUAUUGAUGGAAGACUCAUGGUUGGAGAUAGAUUGCUACAGGUGAACGGUGAAAGUCUUGUUGGAAUGACGCAUAACAAGGCUGUUGCUAUUCUUAGAAAAUGCAAAGGAAUCGUAAAAUUAGCUAUAUCAAGAACUCCGCUAUCAAGACCAUCCAGUAGAAUUGGUCAGCCAUUAGGGGACCAGACCAAUCAGCAAAGCGGUAGCGCUAGUGGUAGCGGUGCCGAUAAUGAACAAAGACAAGCUGAGAUCAUGGCUGCAUUAAUGGCAUCAAGGGAAUACACGAUAAUAUGGCAUUCAGUUCAUCAGUUAUCACUACGCGACAGUGGCAGAGUACGCUCGCAUAGCUCUGGUCAUGUCACCGACAGCGACAAUAAUGAUGACUUGCCGGGUAAUUCAUCUAGUCAUAAGAAACCUAAAACCAAACAGAAGCGUGGUGCUGAGAGUGGUGGUGAAUCAAGUCCAUGGAUGAGUGAUAUUGACUUACCAUUGGAUGACAGCAAUCCGUCUUCUCCCAAGGCAAAUGCUUCAAGUAUGUUAGUGAUAGUCAGUUGUUGCCAACUUCGUCUUGUGAAAGCCGUAGAUGAUUGUGAGACUGCCAAGUUACCUGUAAAUAAAGAUAAGAAUAGAUACCGGAAUGUACUGCCAUAUGACGCUACCAGAGUGACAUUGAUAGAUGGUAGGACCAGUGACUACAUCAAUGCUAGUUUUAUACGUUGGAGUGUUGGUAACUCACCAUAUCAUUACAUAGCUUGUCAAGGUCCAUUGCCGCAUACCACUGGUGACUUUUGGCAAAUGAUAUGGGAACAAAAAGUAGAGGUCAUUGCUAUGGUAACCAUGGAUAUGGAGAAUGGAAAGGUGAAAUGUCAUCGUUAUUGGCCAGAUUCUGUUGACACACCAAUGAUACUCCAAGGUCGCUAUGAAAUCCAGAUGACUUCCUUGCAAACACUGGAAAAUUUUGACAUCAGACGAAUCUCUAUGAGUGACAUGAAGACUGGCAAAGAAUGGCGCUUGACACAUCUUAACUAUACCACAUGGCCGGAUCACGGUGUUCCAGUAUCUGGUUUACCAUUGGUUCGUUACAUGCGGUAUAUGCGUAAGAUUCAUCAUUCUGGACCUAUAGUUGUGCAUUGUAGCGCUGGGAUUGGACGGACUGGCACUGUCAUCACAAUUGACUUGAUACUAGCUAUGAUAGAACGAGAUUUGGAUUUCAGUAUUUAUGAGAUUGUACAAGGCCUAAGACAACAGCGACAAGGCAUGAUACAAACUAAGGACCAAUAUAUCUUCUGUUACAAGACAAUUUUAGAAGUUUUACAAUCCCUUUGAAGACCUUUAAAUAUUCCAGGUCAUUUUUUCGAAUAUGCAAAAGAAAAUAUUGAAUGACAGUGUAUGGUAGAGAGACUUUAAGUGGGUUGUGUGGUCGCAUUAGUGGUAGCAACCUACAUGGUGUGAUGUAAUAUUAAAUGCCGAAAAGUUACAAUACAAUGUUUUUGCUGCAUGGCAACACUAAUCUUUAAGAUAUUAUUGGAAUACAUUUUGUUACUAAAGAAUGGAAAAUGAACAAUACUCUCAUCCUCAAAUGUAUCCUAUGCAUCAUUGUUUCCAUGGAAACAUUUUACAUGCCAAAACAUCCUGAACAGUCAGUAUAUGCCUAAUCAUUUUCCACUGCC